AUGUGCCAAAUUUCUAGUAGUGGUGACAAUGAUUCAGACACAAUUAUAGAGCGGAGGGAAGUAAGCACGCCUCCUAUAUGGAAGCGGUACAAGGGCGUGAGGCGUAGGCCAUGGGGGAAGUUCGCGGCAGAGAUCAGAGAUCCAAAAAAGAAUGGUGCUAGAGUUUGGUUAGGAACUUAUUUGACCGAGGAGGAGGCAGCUUUGGCUUACGACAAAGCUGCUUUCAAGAUGCGUGGCCAAAAAGCUAAGGUUAAUUUUCCCCAUCUCAUUGGCAAUGACGUGUCUAAGUCAGUACCGGAGAGGGAAGUGGUUUCAGUGGUUUUGAAACGGGACUCGCCAGAGUCUUCAUCGUCCGAGGGAAGUUGCGAGUCAUUGUCACCUGGAUCGAAGAAGAGGAAGGGCAUGGCUGAUCUACUUAACAAAUUAGCGAAGAGUCGAUGUAAAGCUAUGGUGGUUGAGAAUGAGAAAUCCUUACAAGAAAAUGAUUUUGAGCAAUGGGUGAAUGGGUUGAAUGAUUGCACUCUAAUCUGGAGCUCCUAGAGUAGUUCUGUUAAUUUUAUGUUUUCUAUUAUUUUUUCAU